UAGCUCCUAUAAAACGUUUAUAGGAGUACCUAUUCAAGAUUAAUAUAGAAGAUCUACUAAUAACCUAACUAUACUAUACUAUACUUCCUUAUCUAUAGGUAUAAGGCUAGCUCUAGCUUAUAUAUAACAUUUAUAGGAGUACCUAUCUAAGAUUAAUGCAGAAGAUCUACUAAUAACCUAACUAUACUAUGCUACGCUCCCUUGUCUAUAGGCGCAAGGCUAGCUCCAGCUCAUACAUAACGUUCAUGGGAGUACCUGUCCGAGAUCGACGCGGAAGAUCCACCGACAUGAACCAGCUCUUCAACAACGUCCACCCGAUCUACCGGGUGUACGCAGCCCGCCUGAUCUUCUUCCGCGGCUGGAGCCUCCAGCGCGCGAUCCGCACCGCCUGCCGCCGGGAACACACUGUCGAGAGGCAGUGGAACCUGCUGAGCGACGGGGAACGCGGGGAAGCUGAGCGCUGGAGCCGGUGUGACGGGUGUGAGCGGGAGGGGGACUACGAUAGCUGUUCUUGUGGGAGCGAGAGUGACGACUCGAGUGACAGCGAGAUCAGGGCUGUCGAAGAGAUGAGCGACGUUGAUGGGAUGGCGGUUGCCAUCGUCGAUGCGGUGCUGGAUGCCAUCGAGGAUGGGUCGCUGGGUGGUGAAUGGGAGGCGGCGGACGAUGGAGUCAGGGAGGAGGCGGAGCGGGCGGUCAUGAGGAUGGUGGUGAGGAGGGCGAUGGAGACUUGGGUGGGUGAGCCUGAGUGUUAG